GGUGACAGUCCCCAUCCUGGUUCUGCUGAUGACUUGUUAUGGCCUCUGCCCUGCUUGUGGUCACCCACAGAGUUCCUUCCUGUGGGCUAGCUGUGUGCUGGAGACAAGAGCAAACCACAAGGAGGCAGCAUGGCAGAGAAGCGUCCUUCUGGACAUCCAACAGCACUUUGGGGUCAAGGACCGAGGUGCCGGCUUGCUGCAGUCAGUCUUCAUCUGCAGCUUCAUGGUGGCUGCCCCCAUCUUCGGCUACCUGGGGGACCGCUUCAACAGGAAGGUGAUCCUCAGCUGUGGCAUCUUCUUCUGGUCAGCAGUCACCUUCUCCAGCUCCUUCAUCCCCCAGCAGUACUUCUGGCUCCUGGUCCUGUCCCGGGGUCUAGUGGGGAUCGGUGAGGCCAGCUACUCCACCAUCGCACCCACCAUCAUCGGCGACCUCUUCACCAAGAACACGCGCACGCUCAUGCUGUCUGUCUUCUACUUUGCCAUCCCGCUGGGCAGUGGCCUGGGCUACAUCACUGGCUCCAGUGUGAAGCAGGCUGCUGGAGACUGGCACUGGGCCCUUCGGGUGUCCCCUGUCUUGGGCAUGAUCACAGGAACGCUCAUCCUCAUCCUGGUCCCAGCCACUAAGAGAGGCCAUGCCGACCAACUUGGGGGGCAGCUCAAGGCACGGAGCUCGUGGCUCCGAGACAUGAAGGCCUUGAUCCGAAACCGCAGCUAUGUCUUCUCCUCCCUGGCCACGUCGGCUGUGUCCUUCGCCACGGGGGCCCUGGGCAUGUGGAUCCCACUCUACCUGCACCGCGCCCAAGUUGUACAGAAGACGGCAGAGACCUGCAAUAGUCCACCCUGUGGGGCCAAGGACAGCCUCAUCUUUGGGGCUAUCACCUGCUUCACGGGCUUUCUGGGUGUGGUCACGGGUGCAGGCGCUACACGCUGGUGUCGCUUGCGGACCCAGAGGGCCGACCCACUGGUGUGUGCUGUGGGCAUGCUGGGUUCCGCCAUCUUCAUCUGCCUCAUCUUCGUGGCCGCCAAGAGCAGCAUCGUGGGUGCCUAUGUCUGCAUCUUUGUCGGGGAGACACUGCUGUUUUCUAACUGGGCCAUCACUGCGGACAUCCUCAUGUAUGUGGUCAUCCCCACCCGACGGGCCACUGCUGUGGCCUUGCAGAGCUUCACUUCUCACCUGCUGGGUGACGCAGGGAGCCCCUACCUCAUCGGCUUUAUCUCGGACCUGAUUCGCCAGAGCACCAAGGACUCCCCGCUCUGGGAGUUCCUGAGCCUGGGCUAUGCCCUCAUGCUCUGCCCCUUCAUCGUGGUCCUGGGUGGCAUGUUCUUCCUCACCACCGCUCUCUUCUUCCUCAGUGACCGUGCCAAGGCUGAGCAGCAGGCUCUCCCACCUCCCCCUGGGGCUGACGAGGUCCCUGCCCAGCACCUCCGGUCAGCCAGCCCCAGUGAUGCGAUGUGCCAGAAGUGUGCCCGGGGCCGGCCCCCACUGACGUGCCACCCUGACCCCCGCCUGUCUCUCCCUCAGGGUGAACCAGCUGGUGUUGCCGCCCCCAUCUAUGAAGGUCUGAGGCGGUACCACUGGGACAAUGAAGAAUCCUUGCUCUCACUUAGUCUGGGACGCAUCCUACAGCAUCCCAGACCUGCAGAGCUGUCCCAGAGCUUCCUGCGUGACCCACAACUGGGCACUCACCCUCUCUGGUCCAGGACUGCUGAGUGGACCUGGCUCGAAGAAGCCACAUCCUCUGUUAACCUGGAACACUGUGUGUGUUGGGGUCACAAGGUCGGACAGAUUCUCAGCCCAGCGUUUGGGCCGCAGGGCUCCUGUGCCCCAGGGAGAAGGCACCCCCAAGUGGGCGUAUCAGGAGACCUUGGUCUGCCACCGGCUUAUGUGGUUUUGGGCAAGCCCCUGACCACCCUAGGUCGUGAGGCGAGGGAGCUGGACUUUCCCACACAGCGUGUUGGGCAAGACACUACAUACAGCUUUGAAGACCCAGUAGAUACUGGACUGUACGGAGAAGAGGUGGCCCCAGCCACACGGCUACCAUUCAAGUUCUGAGGCUCUUGAGAGCACAGGGAGCACUGACCCUUAGCUGGGCUUCUGACUUUAGGGUCACUGGACUCGGGCUGGCACAUGGGGUGGGGCACUUGUCAUAGGGUGCUUCCUGGCCUGUUUGGUCACCCUGGAGGACACUUGUCUCUGCUGCCUUGGGCUGGCUCUUCACCUAGAUUUCCCAGGUUGGGACCACCCCUCCACAGGGAGCUGGCAUCACCAGGGGUGAAGGCCCUGGUGGCAGCCACUCUGCCCCUGCCCUAGGUUCGAGAUGUUGGGAACCACCGACCAGUCCACCUCUGCAGGGCUCCUUGUGGGCUCUAGAGCACCUCUGCUGACUUCCCAGAAGCCAGGAGCCCACUCGCUCCCUCAGGAUGGGCAGGACCCAGGGAAACAUUCCCAGAAUCCAGGGGGCAGUAGCCGCUGGAGGGUGCAGCUGUACCAAGACUCCUGCUCUAGGGGAUGAACUGGAUGGGAGAGACUGGUCCCCUGGCCACGAGCUGCUGUGGCUCAGACACACUUCAGUGACUCCCUCAGUUGAUUCUGGGAGGGCAGAGCCUUUUCUGAUCACCCUGCUGUCUGCACCCCAACUCCCUUCAGCACAGCAGCCCCUUAGUGGAGCUUAUGCUCACCGCCCCACUCCCCGCAGAUGCUGAAAGCCAGCUGGACACUGCUCCCCUUGCCCCUUAGUUACGGCUGUGGCUUCAGUGCUGUGUUAGCUAGUGGAACACCACCCUCCCAAGCUCUGGGGCACCCUCGGGGCUGGACCAAGGGGUGGUAACCCCAGAGACCAGCCUGGCCUCCACCCCAACCUCACCUGGGGCCCCAGCAAUGUUUUCUUGUUGUACAAGAACUAGGUCCAAGUGUUGCCUCCUCUUCCUUCCGGAAGCCAAAC